AUGGUACUGACCAGUCGCACUGCUGCCUUGGUUGUUCCCAAUCGUCAGUAUUCGUGUUCCCGUAGGAACAUGAGCUAUAUACCUGUCACUAUCCCUGGCACCACCGAAUUUUUGGAUUUUAGUUUUAAUUACCUAACCACAUUGCACAAAGAUGUUUUUCCAGGAUUGCCAUUACUACAGCAUCUCGACCUCACACGAUGUCACAUCCAACACAUUGACAGUGACUCUUUCAUCAAUGUAAGGAAUGUGUCCUUUUUGAUUCUCACUGGAAAUCCGGUUAAAUAUGUAGCCAAAAACAGCUUUAAUGUUUUUGAACGAAUGCACAAGUUAGUUCUAGUGGACAUUGAUCUGUUUUCCUUGAAAAGUCUAAACUUACAGAGACUAGCAAGUCUGCGGGAGUUACAACUUGGAUCAAACCACUUAUCUUCUAUUGCUCUUCCAAACUAUGCUAUUGGUUUUACAAACUUGACAGUGCUGGACUUUCACACCAAUAACAUUUCUGUUAUCAGAGAUGACCAUGUGUGUGUUCUGCGUAAGCUGAGUGGCAACGUGACUUUGGUAUUGUCUAAAAACCCCAUUUCCACCAUUGAAAAAGAAGCAUUUAAAGGACUUCACUUGGAUGAACUAGAUCUACGUGAUGCCUUCAGCACCUCUGCAACCAUCCAGGGUGUUACAGGGAACCUCAGUGGCUUACAUGUCAAUAGGUUGAGAAUAGGAAGCUAUGAGGACAGUCGAAGGACCUUGAUAUAUAAUGGAUUUUUAGACAACCUUUGUUCCAUACAUAUUCAGGAGAUGUAUUUGUAUCAGUCUCAAUGGUCGUCCCUGCCCAGUCACACCCUUAGCUGCUUGACUAAUUGCUCAAAAAUCUCACUGAGGCGAGUUGGACUAAAUAAACAAACAUAUCUCUAUCGAAAUCUCGAGGAGAUUACCAUUAGUCGCGGGCAAAUGGAUAAAUUACCAGGAUUUAACUUGUCGUACCAACCCGUUUUAAAACGCUUGGUCAUAAAUGACAAUCAUGUCCCGUCAGAGUUUGAAACCUUAGAACAUUUACCUAAUCUUGAGUAUAUUGAUCUAAGUGGAAACCGGAUGAUAAUGGAUUGCUGUGAUGAAAUAUUAACAGACGUUCCAAAACUGCGGCAUCUAAACCUAAGUAUGAAUGCAGGGUUUCAUUUCAGAACAUGGGCAUUCAUGAGUGUUGCAUCCCUUCAAGUAUUAGAUAUUCAUGACACAAAGGUAACAAUUGAAAAUCAAUACAGUUGUUUGAGAAAUCUCAUCCAUUUGCUAUAUUUGGAUCUUUCAAACUCACAAAUUACAUUUAAAUCUGACAUUAUUUUCAGAGAUUUAAUUAGUCUCAAACAAUUGAAAAUACCUGGGAACAUUUUCAGAAAAGACGUUUUUACCAACAUAUUUUCAAAUCUUACAAAUCUGGAGAUGCUUGAUAUUUCAAGUUGCCACAUUGAAGACAUACCCUUGUCUUCAUUCCGGUAUCUGCACAAUUUAAAACAUCUAGCUGUAAGCGAAAACAGAUUAAUGUCAGUGGACUUUCUCUCAUGCUCCAGCUUGUCAAAUCUAGUAUCUCUCCAUGCUCAGAGCAAUAAUAUAGCUUCCAUGUCUCACAAAGUUCUUCAGAACCUCCCCAUGGAGCUCCACAUACUCGAUCUGUCUUUCAAUCCAAUAGAAUGUUCAUGUUCUAGCUUGGAAUUCAUUUCCUGGAUCAUCAAUCACCAAUCAAUUCUAAAGAAUCCUCAUCAAUUGUCAUGCAAAGCUUCCCUUGUGAACUCUAGGGUGAUUGAUUUUGAUUCUACACUCUGUCAUAAGAAAUUCUCAGUGCCCAUAUUUGUAAGUGUUACCAUGUUACUGAUACUAUCUGCAUUGGUGUACAUGUUCCAGGUGUAUCUGCAUAAGUUCCUGUUUAUUCUGCCCUACUGUUGCAGACUGCUAAGAGGCUACAGAACAGCUAACACACAGGAAUACUCUUAUGAUGCCUUUGUAAUCUACUCCAGUAAAGAUGACGUCUGGGUACAGGAUGAGCUCAAGGAAAAUCUUGAGAAAGGAUUUCCCCCAGUCCGACUUUGCCUCCAUGAGCGAGAUUUUGAGGCAGGCAAGUCAAUCACCUCCAAUAUUAUGGAGGAGGGAAUAAUGAGUAGUCGCAAAGUAAUUGUUGUGGUGUCUCAACACUUCAUAGACAGCUCCUGGUGUCAGUUUGAGUUUGACAUGGCACAGUCCUGGUUUGUGUUGGAGCGAAGUGCCCGCAUCAUCAUCAUAAUUCUUGAGGAUGUGGAAGACAGAAAGGUGCAAGGAGUUGUUAGACUUCACAAGUAUCUCAAUAAGAAUACAUACUUGAAAUGGAAAGGGAAUGCACUUAGCAAUGUCAAUUUCUGGACUCGUCUUAGGAAAGCCAUCAUAGCUAGCAAGUGA